AUGAAUCUCAUUGUCAGCCGCUUGGGUCUGUUGCUGAGGCUCCGGUUUCUGAAGUUCGGUCGGCUCGCCGAUGUCGAUCUGGCUGUGCAGAGGAUGGAAGAGGUGUUGAGCGACCCAAGGAGUAGCAGGGAUAACCGACGUGAGACGAACGACCUAGAAUUACUCGGCAAUUACGCCCUCAUCUUGGAGACCCGGUUCGACAGGACCGGCGCACUGAGCGAUAUUGAGAAGUGCGUUCAAAGCAACGAGCGUGUCCUCUCACUUCUUCCGCCUGAUGAUCCUUCGUACCCAGAUGUUCUUUGUUCCUUGUCCGGCGCCUAUUCGAAGCUGUUCAAGAUAUCGAAAGACACCACCCACCUCGACGCUGCCAUGGCUUAUGCUCGGAAAUCGUUACCCAUUCUCCGGAUGAACCCGCAAGCCCACGUAGUGGCGCUGAACGACAUUGGAAGCAUCCUAUACAGUAGACUACAUACCAGACUCAGCCAAGGUAAAGGCCCUCUUGACUACGAUCUCUUGGCUGGGGAGGUGAACGAGGCACUCGACUGCGUCGAGGAAGCCCUGCGUCAGCUUCCCGAGCGACAAUUUUCUCGUGGCACCCUUUUCUUUAACCUAGCCAGGCUAUUGCAGUCAAAGAACGCGAUACAGCCGUCGGACGAGAUACAAGCGCGGUGCUUAGCUGUCUAUCAAGAGGCAGGCAUGGAGCGCAGACUUCCAGCAUGCGGAGCAGAAACUCGGUGGACCGAGGCGUCUGCUAUUCUCCAGGAGAUGAUUCAAUUCAUGGACAUGGUCGCGCCUCGAUGGUUGCCCAGCAAGGACCGGCUAGAUAUUUUGUCCGAGUUCCACGGCAUAGCGGCCGACGCUGCUGCUGCCCGGCUGAUGUGUUCUACUAGUAGCUGCAAUACUGCCAACUCUUCAGUCUACGAGGCUCUACGGCUCCUUGAGAUGGGGCGAGCAGUGGUGUUGUGCUCCAAGCUCGAUUACCGCAGUGCGUCCCGGAGCCUAGAGGCCGUUUCCAAUGGCUUGGCAGAACGUUUCAACCGGCUCACCAACGAGCUCGACGCGCUUGCUCGGUUCGACACCCGCAGCAAAGUGGACGAGCAGCGUAGAAAGCUAAACAACAAGUUAAGGGACAUCAUGACAUCAAGCAGGGGCAUCCUGGACAUUCCAAGCCUGACGCCGCCACUGCCUUCCGGCUCGCUGGAGUCGUACAACUUGCGGCAGAAAGCGCCCCAUGUCUUCAAUGCCUACGAGAUGGUGCAGCGGGAGAUCAGCAUCCUUCCGCCCGAGGGGCACGAGGAUGAGAUCUCAAAGCGCCAUAAGGAGGCAUCCCGGGAUUUUGAUCGCCUGGUGGCGGAAAUCCGACAACAUGAUGGGCUGCACGACUUUCUCCGUCCUCUGAGCUUGGAGGCUACAAUUGCGCUGGCAGGGGACGACCACAUCGUAAUUGUCAGUUCCAGUGCGAUGGUCGGUCAGGGCAACGCCACCAUCGUCAACCGGGAUGGAAUAAGCUCAAUCCCGCUCGCUGAGCUUCGCCCCGAGGACAUCGAGCGUCUCAUGGAUAUCCUGCGGAAGGCAACGACUAGCUGGACCUUGAGGACCACGGCAGCGAACGACAAGAAGGUGACCAUGGUGCUCAAGUAUCUCUGGGUGACUGUCGUGAACCCGGUUUUAGUCCACUUGGAGAAAAGGGGACAUCUCGCCGGCGAGUUACUCCCGCGAGUCCAUUGGAUCGGAACAGGCCUUUUGAGCGGUGCGCCUUUCCAUGCCGCGGGGGACUAUGCUUUCACCCAAGACAGUACUGGUACCGGGACUUGUGCGAUGGACUACGUCGUGUCGUCGUACACGCCCACUCUGCGCUCCUUGGCAUACGCCCUCGAGAGCCAUCAGGAGCAGCACGGCUCACUGCGUCCAGCUGACCGGAUGCUCAUUGUGUCUGCAGCCACAGUGCCAGGACAGAAGCAGCUACAGUCCAUCGCCGAAGAGGUCAUGUCCAUCAGAGCGAUAGCCAGUAUGGCGAGUCUGCAGAGCCAUAUCCUCGACGGCGCCACCCCAGCAUCCGUUCUUUCCAGGCUCCCUCUUGCAAACAUCGUUCAUUUUGCCUGUCACGGCGAGGCAGAUCCUCGAGAUAUCGAAAACAGCCACUUGGUUCUACACGCAGACAUCACCGUGGAUGGAGAAGCUCCUAGAGCAAAUGACUCUGCCAACGAAGGAAAACUCACGGUUCGCGAAAUACAGGCAUCCAAGAUGUCGAACGCCACAAUUGCAUACCUUUCUACGUGUUCAGGCGCGGAGAGCAAAGCCACCAAAGUUUCUGAUGAGGUGAUUCACAUCGUAAGCGCAUUUCAGAUCGCUGGAUUCGAGCAUGUUAUUGGGAGUCUUUGGAAGACCAAAGACGCGGCAUGUCGGCAGGUUGCCGAGGAGUUUUACAGGGCGCUCUGGCGUGCUAAGGGGCCUGGUGAGCCUGCGGUCGAGGUACAUCAUGCUCUGCACAUUGCUGUUCAGUUGCUUAGGGAGAAGCAUCGGGAUAAGCCACUGAUCUGGGCGCCCUUCGUACAUUAUAUUAUGGUGGCUGAGGGGGUGAUCUAG